AUGUCGGAAUUGCCCAUCAAAGUACCGAGCCUGGGUCGCGACUCAUCACCGCGGGUCGUGCCGCGCGACACGCCUCUCACCGCUCCGGAUGCGGACGCAGCCCCGGCCACGGCGAUCAAGGGAGACGACCGAGCCGAAGCACAUCCCCACGCCGACGCCGAUGCCGGGUCGCAGAUUCCGCUUGCUAUUCGGACACGACCGCCAUCUCGGGAGGUGAAGAAGCGUGCGACUGGCUUUGCGGGACCGUUCUUCGAGGUCCUCUCAUCCGACCUCCGUUACCAGAUUUACCAGCUUGCUUUCGGCCGGAAGAUAUUACAUCUUUAUCUUCUGUACCGCCGCAGCCUUCAACCGGACGUGAGAUGGCGAAAAGGCCAUCAGCCCGUGCCGGCUUGGUACCCUCACUCACCGAGCGUGUCGCCCAUGGAUCCUCCUUUUGCCGAUGCGAGUAUGACGCCGCAAUGGUACUGGUGGAGCUGCGUGUGUGGCCCGGAGGACCGGAAGCUCGAGACCAAGCUGUCUGAUCAGUGUCCUAGAGGGUUCUACCAGACGUGCGGUCCUAGGGAGACGUAUCUGGGCAUACUCCCGUGGCUGCUGACCUGCAGAAGAGCCUACGAAGAGACGAUCAAGGUCCUGUAUGCAAGCAAUACGUUCAAAUUCGAGCAGAGGCUAGAGGCCAUGUACUUUCCGUACGCCAUCGCAACGCCGCAGCUCAAGUGGAUCACGUCAUUGGAAAUCCGGAUACCGGACCGCGACGAGUCCCUCAUCGAUAAAUCGCUAGACAAGGCCCCGCGACCAUCUCACGGAGCGCCUUUAAUCACUGAGCUUCGUGCACUGAGUCCCCGAGACCAGUACCUAAGCAUCAUCAAUAGCAUAGCGCCAACUUUCCCUGCCCUCCGCCGGCUGCACAUUUCCUUUGAGGGCUCCGUUCGUAGGGUCCCGGUGCCUCGACCAAAUGUGACGACGCUCCUCAUCUCCACCCUCGGUGAGGUGGACACGGACGAGCUAGAGUCCCUCAUUUUGGGCCCGAUUGACGCGAUGCCAGCGGAUGUUGAGAAGCAGGUCCUAUUCUACCAGUCCCUCUACACGGCACUACUCACAGUAGAGAGUCAAAAGAGCGAGAGCGAGGUCGACGAGGUGGAGUCCCUGCGGAGCGACGGACGCCCCGGGUGGACCAAGUUCUGGCGGUCAGUUGAAUCGGCAGAGGGAGGGAAGGCGGGAUACUGGGUUUGCAAGCAUGGCUGA